AUGGCAAUAACGUCCAAUCCUCUUCCUCAGGACAGCACCUCAGACUACAGCACAGCCCAGCCAAUCCCAGCAGCCCCGCACCAGGAACCCAGCCCAGCCAAUCCCAGCAGCACAGCACCAGGAACCCAGCCCAGCCAAUCCCAGCAGCACAGCCCCACACCAGGAACCCAGCCCAGCCAAUCCCAGCAGCACAGCACCGCACCAGGAACCCAGCCCAGCCAAUCCCAGCAGCACAGCACCACACAGGAACCCAGCCCAGCCAAUCCCAGCAGCACAGCACCAGGAACCCAGCCCAGCCAAUCCCAGCAGCACAGCACUGCACCAGGAACCCAGCCCAGCCAAUCCCAGCAGCACAGCCCCGCACCAGGAACCCAGCCCAGCCAAUCCCAGCAGCACAGCCCCACACCAGGAACCCAGCCCAGCCAAUCCCAGCAGCACAGCACCGCACCAGGAACCCAGCCCAGCCAAUCCCAGCAGCACAGCCCCACACCAGGAACCCAGCCCAGCCAAUCCCAGCAGCACAGCCCCGCACCAGGAACCCAGCCCAGCCAAUCCCAGCAGCACAGCACCGCACCAGGAACCCAGCCCAGCCAAUCCCAGCAGCACAGCCCCGCACCAGGAACCCAGCCCAGCCAAUCCCAGCAGCACAGCCCCACACCAGGAACCCAGCCCAGCCAAUCCCAGCAGCACAGCCAAUCCCAGCAGCACAGCCCCGCACCAGGAACCCAGCCCAGCCAAUCCCAGCAGCACAGCACCGCACCAGGAACCCAGCCCAGCCAAUCCCAGCAGCACAGCACCACACAGGAACCCAGCCCAGCCAAUCCCAGCAGCACAGCCCCGCACCAGGAACCCAGCCCAGCCAAUCCCAGCAGCACAGCCCCACACCAGGAACCCAGCCCAGCCAAUCCCAGCAGCACAGCCCCACACCAGGAACCCAGCCCAGCCAAUCCCAGCAGCACAGCCCCACACCAGGAACCCAGCCCAGCCAAUCCCAGCAGCCCAGUCCUCGAUGGACCACAACCCCCUACCACCCAGAGUGGGGAGACUGAAGAGGUGUAG